AACACGAAGAUUCGAGGGUUUAGUAGUAGCAUGUUUAUAAGUUAGCGAGAGUAGCCGCGCGCCGCGUUUCAACGUUUAUUCCUCCAUUUCCGUCUCUGCUAUCGGGUUCAUUUAGGGUUUUACUAAUCGAACCCAGAAGAAACAGAAAAACAAGAAAUCAUGCACGCGCCGGUGCUCGUUCUCAAGGACUCGAUGAAACGCGAGUCCGGAAGCAAGGUGCAGCACGCUAAUAUCCAGGCUUCUAAGGCUGUUGCUGACAUUAUUCGCACAACAUUGGGUCCAAGAUCCAUGUUGAAGAUGCUGCUCGAUGCUUCUGGAGGAAUUGUGGUGACUAAUGAUGGAAAUGCCAUUUUGCGUGAGUUAGAUAUUGCACACCCAGCUGCAAAGUCAAUGAUCGAAUUAAGCCGAACACAAGAUGAAGAAGUGGGAGAUGGAACAACUUCAGUCAUCGUUCUUGCUGGUGAAAUGCUCCACGUGGCAGAAGCAUUCAUCGACAAAAAUUUUCAUCCUACUGUUAUCUGCCGAGCCUAUAACAAGGCUUUGGAAGAUGCUCUUGCCGUGCUUGAGAAAAUUGCAAUGCCUAUUGAUGUGAAUGAUCGUGGAACAAUGUUGGGGCUGGUCAAGAGCUGUAUAGGUACCAAAUUUACUAGUCAAUUCGGGGAUUUAAUUGCUGAUCUAGCUAUAGAGGCAACCACAAUAAUUGGUGUUGAUCUUGGCCAAGGCUUGCGAGAAGUGGAUAUCAAGAAGUACAUUAAGGUUGAGAAGGUACCUGGUGGUCAGUUGGAAGAUUCAAGUGUACUUAAAGGAGUUAUGUUUAACAAAGAUGUAGUUGCCCCUGGCAAAAUGAGAAGAAGAAUCGUCAACCCACGUAUAAUUCUUCUUGAUUGUCCCCUUGAGUACAAAAAGGGUGAGAACCAAACAAAUGCUGAGCUGGUUAGAGAAGAAGACUGGGAAGUACUGCUAAAAAUGGAAGAGGAAUACAUUAAGAACCUCUGUGAUCAGAUAGUGAUGUUCAAACCAGACUUGGUAAUUACAGAAAAGGGUCUUAGUGAUUUGGCAUGCCAUUAUCUGGGCAAACAUGGAGUGAGUGCAAUCAGAAGGUUGAGGAAAACAGACAAUAAUAGAAUUGCCAAGGCAUGUGGAGCUGUUAUUGUCAAUAGACCAGAUGAAUUACAGGAGUCUGAUGUCGGUACUGGGGCUGGCCUGUUCGAAGUUAAAAAAAUUGGGGAUGAGUUUUUUGCAUUUAUUGUUGACUGCAAAGAUCCAAAAGCUUGCACUGUACUCUUAAGAGGUGCCAGUAAGGAUCUCUUGAAUGAAGUGGAAAGAAACUUGCAGGAUGCCAUGUCGGUUGCGAGAAACAUAAUAAAAAAUCCAAAGCUUGUUCCUGGAGGUGGUGCAACAGAGUUAACUGUAUCUGCUGCUUUGAAGCAGAAGAGUUCAUCGAUUGAAGGCAUAGAAAAGUGGCCUUAUGAAGCUGCUGCCAUGGCUUUCGAGGCUAUACCACGCACUUUAGCACAGAAUUGUGGGGUAAAUGUGAUUCGAACUAUGACUGCGCUGCAAGGAAAGCAUGCAAGUGGUGACAAUGCCUGGAUUGGCAUAGACGGAAACACUGGUGUGAUUAGUGACAUGAAAGAGCGGAAGAUAUGGGAUGCAUAUAAUGUAAAGGCUCAAACCUUUAAGACAGCCAUAGAAGCAGCUUGCAUGCUUCUUAGGAUCGAUGACAUUGUGAGUGGGAUAAAGAAGAAGCAAGCCCCCGGUGCAGGCCAGGCUCCAUCAAAGCCUAAGAUUGAGACUGAAGCAGAUGCUGACAAUGAGCAAAUACUUCCCGACUAAGACCUCCCAACAGUCGAAACUGAUAUUUUUUUAAGUAUUUGAAGCAAAGCGGUUGGUCUCGCUGGCUGUACAAGGGUUUUGUUGAGCUGAGCUUUUGACUUGAGCACUUCCUAGUUCGGAUUCUGGCCUUUGCUGUUUUUUGUUUGGAGACCCCCCCCGUCUGUUAUGGGAGCUACUGUAAACUACCAGUCACUUUUCACUUGAACAAUUUGAUCGGGAUUUUGUUCAUGUGAACAUGAAUCAGUAUCGCUAUAAUUUCUGCUUUUUCUGUGCA